CAUGUGUUUACACAUCAGUUCAUCUACCUGAACAAACAAAACUCACAGGGAGCUGGCAUUUUUCUUAAAUUUUUUUUCUUACUUACUAUUAUUGGUUUGCUUGAAAAGGUUGUGGAUAUCUACUGACACAGUGAGUUCUUUUCUGAGAUAAAGUUAAUCUGUACCAACAUGGACCACUCAAGUGAGAAGAAUAAAUCAGCCACCAAGAAAAAAGUAGCUGUAGUAGGAGGCGGCUUGGUUGGUGGCUUAAAUGCAUGCUUCUUUGCAAAAAGAGGAUUUGAGGUUGCAGUCUUUGAAUCUCGAGAAGAUAUUCGCCGUGCCAAAACAGUAAAGGGCAGGAGCAUAAAUCUAGCCCUCUCCCAUAGGGGACGCCAAGCUUUAAAACAUGUUGGAAUGGAAGACAAGAUUGUUUCCAAGGCCAUCCCAAUGCAUGCUCGUAUGAUCCACAGUGUGAAUGGAAAACGUUCUCCCAUACCAUAUGGAAAGAAAGGUCAGUACAUCCUUUCUGUAGGCAGAGCCAACCUCAAUAAAGAGCUGCUAACAGCGUCUGAAGCAUAUCCAAACACACAAUUGAACUUUAACCAUAAACUGCUUGACUGGAAUCCAGAAACAGGGACCAUGACCUUUCUUGGGCCUGAUGAUAAUGAAAAGGAGAUCCAGGCAGAUCUCAUAGUGGGCUGCGACGGUGCCUUCUCUGCCACUAGGAAGCAGUUUUUACGCCGCAGUCGCUUUAAUUACAGCCAGACCUACAUCCCCCAUGGAUACCUUGAGCUCACUAUGCCUCCAAAAAAUGGUGAUUUUGCAAUGGAGCCCAAUUUUCUUCAUAUCUGGCCCAGGAACACAUUUAUGAUGAUUGCUCUCCCGAACAUGGACAAGACCUUCACCUGUACACUCUUCAUGCCAUUUGAGGAAUUUGAGAAGAUUACCACAGACGAUGAGCUGAUGAACUUCUUUCAGAAAUACUUCCCAGAUUCCCUCCCACUCUUAGGAGUUGAAGCUCUAAAGAGGGACUUUUUCCAACUGCCUGCCCAGGCCAUGGUGUCAGUGAAGUGCUCUCCGUAUCAUUUGAACGACAAAUGUGUCUUAAUGGGGGAUGCUGCUCAUGCUGUGGUGCCAUUUUAUGGCCAGGGCAUGAAUGCAGGCUUUGAGGACUGCCUCGUUUUUGAUGAGAUUAUGGAUCAGUUUAAUGAAGAAUUCUCUGCUGUUCUCCCGGAGUUCACACGAAUUCGUGUACCUGAUGAUCACGCCAUAGCUGAUUUGGCUAUGUACAAUUAUAUAGAGAUGCGAGCGCAUGUGAACUCCAAGUACUUUCUGUUCCGUAAAUAUCUGGACAAUGCACUCCAUUAUAUCAUGCCGAGAACAAUAAUCCCAUUGUACACAAUGGUCACUUUUACCCGAACACGCUAUCAUGAAGCAGUGAUCCGCUGGCAAUGGCAGAACAAGGUGAUUACUCGGGGCCUGUUGCUUUGGGGGACAUUGUCUGUAGUGGGACUGACUUAUCUGCUAAUCAGAUACAUUCCCAAAAAGCCCAGCAUUACUGUGGAGCAGCUAUGGAGCAGACUUCUCACCCUUGUCUGGUUCCAAAAAUAUUUCAUUGUAGGAAAAUGGAAGGUCAUUUCAUGGUGUCUGCACAUGACUCGGGAUCAUUGAACUGAGAAUCCAGCAAAUGGAAGUGGAAAGAAGCUUAUAUAUGUAAAUACAAACUCUCUUUAUUGGUCUGUGCAGGCUGGUAGAAAUGUUUUCCUUUUCCACAUUGACCUCAUUAAAUCAUUCUGCUUUUUUAAAUAACUCUAACAAGUGAUGUUGAACAGAUAAUCCCUCUUGCAUAACAGUUCACAGUCACGUCAAAUCAAGUACCCGAUGAUUCGAUUUAGCUAAAGAACCGUGAUCGCUAAAUAUAGGCAGAGCUGUGAAUCACACACUGAUUGAAAACAAGUCAACAAAUAUGAGAAGUCUUUAUGUUGAAUGUGAACACUUCUGACCAUAAUGUUCACAUGAAAGGGGUCAUUUCACACAUGUACCUGUGUGAAGUGGCAGAGGGCUUUACUAUGUAUAUCAUGCAAAAUGAGAAAGCAUGAUGGAAUGGCAAAAAUCAGACCUUCUGCAACACAAUGGUGCUGAAUAAAUAUUUCACAUAUACAGUCCUCUCCGAAAGUAUUAUCAUGGCAAGGCAAUUCAAUUGUUUUUGCAAUAUACUAAAGACAUUUGGGUUUCAGAUAAAAGAUGAAUAUGAGAUGAUAGAUCAGAAUUUCAGCUUUCAUUUCCUGAUAAUUACAUCUAGAUGUGUUAAACAACUUAAACAUGACACCUUUGGUGGCAGAUCAUCCAAUUUUUAGGUGCGCAAAAGUAUUGGAACAGAUAGUCUUAAGGUAAAGUAAAUAACACUUAAAUUCUGAUUUAUCGUCUCAUAUUCAUCUUUUGAUCUCAAACCCAAAUGUCUUCAAGGUAUAGCAAAAACAAAAGAAUUGGCCGUGCCGUUCCAGUACUUUCAGAGUACUUGUGGUGGGGUCAAAGGGGUCGGACUUGAAUCACGUUGAUCUCUGAUGACUCACUACAUUUGGAGCUGACAUCCAGAGUGUCUGUGUCAUUGCUGGCAAUGAUGAAAACAAUGGAAGAGGAGUUGAACGUCACCCUUUUCUUAGGCCUGUCAUCACGGCUCUGUGACAUCACGAUGGGACGUACUGGUUGGCUGGAGCAGGUCAGGGGGUGGUCCUUAAUGCCACACUGCAGGUGGGCCAGGCGGGAACACAGCAAUUGCAACAUGCAACGCCGAAACUAGCAAAGAAUACACACACAUGCAGAAGGAUAAAGACACAUGACACACAAAACUAUAUCUUCUAUUAUAUAUUUUUUCAUUUAUUGACAUUCAUGACAUACUAAUGUCGAGACUGUAUGUACUGUAUGUGUCAUUGUAUUUCCCCAGGUCAUGAUUUCUUACUCAAAAGUAUAGGUCUAAAGUCUAGUGUCUUCACCUUCCUGCUCAUGAAGCCAUAUAUAAUUGGGUUAUAAGCUGUGCUGGACUUGGCGAAGACUGAGGGGAUGAUGGCAACAGUGGGCGAGACGACACUCUGCUUGCCAAAAGCUACCAGCAUGGAGACCACGGCAUAGGGUGUCCAGCACAGCAGAUAACAGAAAAUCAUCAACAGGAACAUGGUGGCCAACUUCUUCUCAUAGCGUAGGACCUUAAUGAUUUGCAAUGUCUGCAGAUCCUCAAUGGAGCGCAACUACAGUAAUAAAUGGAGAGAAAGGGAGAAAAGAUUCUCUUUAAUUUUAUUUCUCUUCACAGUGGAUAAUACUAACUAACAGUAAAAAUACAAUUCUACAUAUUUGUAUCUUAAAUGAAUUAAAUAUUGACACUUGAAAAUAAAAUGCAAUGGUACUGUGUUCCUGACACAGCUCAUUUGCAUUUACCACUUCUCACUUCUAUGCUAAGAAAAAAAUUAGCAGUGUAACAGCACCUGAAAAAACAGAAUCUACAGACAAAUUACAGAAAAGGUGAAUUAGGUGUGAAUUAAGUAAGGUGACAAGAAAAAGUUGUGACCAGGUGAUCAUGCACACCAAGCAUGUUGCACAGAGAAACUGCUUUUUAAACAUCUAUUAAACAUUGUGUUGGCUUGCUUUCUUCAUUUUUCAUAUUCUUUAAUUAAUACCAAUAAUAUAAAUGACUGGGCUUCACAAAAUGUUCUCAAUGGUUCUCCCUGCAAAGUUGAGAUUUAUAUUAGUUAGUCUUCCUAUGCAUAAAUUUACACAUACUCAGGAGCAUGAGUGGAUACAACCAUAUUUCCAAAAUUAUGGGAUUUUUAUGAAACCGAAUUUCUUGUGUAAAUGCUCCUACAAAUGAUUUACAAUAAAUCAGUCUGUAUCUAGCUUGAUAAA